CUCAGGCCUUAUAAAUCAAAAUGGAGGUAUCGCAGCUGGCUAAACUAAACUACACCAAAACCAGGGCAUACCUGAUCAGGAGAGGCAGAUCAAGAUCUGCAGCAACCAUAAUGGAGCUUACCAGCAGCAGCAGCACCUGGCCAUGGCCAUCAUCGGCCCUAGUGCUCACCACCACCCUCUCCCUGUGUCUGCUCUUCUUCCUCCGCGGCAUGAAGAAGAACAACAAGAAGAGCCAGCAGGGUCGGCUUCCUCCAGGCCCGUCUACUCUGGUCUUCCUGGCCAGGUUCCUCUUGCUCCGGCGCUCCGUCUUCCACCUGGCCCCGCUCCUCCGCGACCUGCACGCGCGGUACGGCCCCGUCGUCUCCGUCCACCUCUUCCGCACCGUCGUCUUCGUCUCCGACCGCGGGCUCGCCCACCGCGCGCUCGUCCAGGGCGGCGCCACCUUCGCCGACCGCCCCUCUCUCGCCGAGCCCCUGCGGCUCCUCACCGGCGGCGCCCGCGACAUCAGCACCUCCCCCUACGGGCCUUACUGGCGCCUCCUCCGCCGCAACCUCGCCGCCCAGGCCCUGAGCCCGGCCCGCGUCGCCGGCUUCGCUCCCGCCAGGCAGCGCGCCCUCGACGCCCUCCUCCGCGACCUCCGGGCGAGCGCCGACGAUGGGGUUGUCCGCGUGAGGCCGGCGUUCCGGCGCGCCAUGGUGGGGCUGCUCGUGCACAUGUGCUUCGGCGCCACCGCCGCGCUCGGCCCGGAUGCUCUGAGCGAGGUCAUGGAGCUCCAGCAGCGCAUCGUGCGCGCCAUGGCCAGCUUCCCCGUCUUCUCCUUCUUCCCCGCGCUCACCAAGCGGGUGUUCCGGCGGCGCUGGGCCGCGCACGUGGCCGUGCGGCGCAGGCAGGAGGAGCUCUUCCUCCCCUUGAUCCACGCCCGGCGGCAGCUUCUGCGAGAAGACGCCCAGGAGCCGCCGCCGGCGCCGUGCGCGUGCUACGUCGACUCCCUCCUCGGUCUCCGCCUUCCCGAGGAUCACGAAGACGGCGGCGGGGGGCGGCCGCUGACGGACGGCGAGGUGGUGACCCUGUGCUCGGAGUUCCUGAACGCGGGGACGGACACCACGGUGACCUUACUAGAAUGGGCCAUGGCGGAGCUCGUGAACCACCAAGACGUCCAGACCAAGAUCUACAAUGAAACCCUCUCCAAGCUCAGCCGCGACGGGCACCUGGACGACCUUCAGGGGAUGGCGUACCUCAAAGCCGUGGUGCUCGAGAGCCUGCGCCUCCACCCGCCGGGCCACUUCCUUGUCCCGCACGGCGUGCUUGGCCACGGCGGCGGGGCCGAGAUCGGCGGGUACGCGGUGCCCAAUGGGUCGGAGGUGAACUUCCUGGCGGGGGACUGGGGCCUGGACGAGGCGGAGUGGGCGGCGCCGAGGGAGUUCAGGCCGGCGCGGUUCCUGGACGGCGGCGAGGCGCACGGCAUGGACGUCACGGCGAGCAGAGGCGGGAUCAGGAUGGUGCCGUUCGGCGCUGGCCGUAGGAUUUGCCCCGCGUAUACGGUGGGGUUGCUUCACGUGGAGUUCUUCGUGGCGAACCUCGUGAGGGAGAUGGAGUGGCUGCCGCCGGCGGAGAGGGAAGGGAAGGGCGUGGACUUGGCUGAGGAGAUCGAGUUCACCGCCGUCAUGAAGCAUCCGCUCCGUGCUCGCGUCGUCCCCAGGAAUAGGAUGUCCCGAAACUUCGAGAUUUGAGUUCAGCAUGGCCUUUCGGGUGCCGUUGGAUUAGCUCGUGCUUUUGAACUCGAGUCUCUACUGGUGUGACUUGUGAGUUCGUGUUAGCAAACUUUGUGUUGUUUCUGUGUGGUUGGCUGGUUGCCUGGGUGCGAACUGGUUUGUUCCAUUAUAUCUGACGAUAAUCGUGUGAUGAAAAAGAGCUUGAUAAAUUCGACAGCGUUUGAUCUAUUCAGCA